AUGAGCACCACAUUCCAAUACGAUUUCGCAGCAAACCACAAGAAUUCAGAUUUCCAAGGCAAGGUCAACUUCCCCACCGGAGUCUUCAUCAACAACGAAUUCUCCGCCGGAUCCACCGGCAAGUCGAUUGACAUUGUCAACCCAUCAACUUCCAAGGUCAUCACACAGAUCAGCGAGGGCACCGCCGACGACGUCGACAGAGCUGUGCGUGCUGCCCGCGAUGCACACGACAACCGUUGGGGCACCACGGUUCACGGUUCCGAGCGUGGUCGCCUUCUUAUCCGCCUUGCCGAUCUGAUGGAGGAGCACGCAGACGAGUUGGCUGCUCUUGAGUGUCUUGACAACGGCAAACCUUUCAAGUUCGCAAGAAGUUUCGAUAUCCCAGAGGCUGCUGCCAACUUUAGAUACUUUGGUGGCUGGGCAGACAAGGUCCAAGGCCACACCAUGGAAGUCGGCGACGACAAGUUGGCCUACACGAGAUAUGAGGCUAUGGGUGUCUGUGGAUCUGUGAUUCCUUGGAACUUCCCAUUGCUUAUGGCUUCCUGGAAGCUGGCCCCUGCUAUCGCCACUGGCAACGCUGUCGUCAUCAAGCCAUCUGAGAUCACUCCCCUCACAGCUCUUCGUUUGGCUUCUCUUAUCAAGGAGGCAGGCUUCCCAGCAGGUGUCGUAAACAUUGUCGUUGGUUAUGGCCAGACUGUCGGCUCUGCCAUCAUCGAUCACCCAAACAUCGACAAGGUCGCUUUCACUGGCUCAACUGCAGUCGGUAAACUCGUCAUGAAGGCUGCUGCAAACAACGUCAAGAAUGUCACCCUCGAAUUAGGUGGAAAGUCUCCAUCUGUCGUGUUUGAAGAUGCUAAUCUCGCAAACGCUGUCCAGCAGACAGCAUUUGGUAUUUGGUUCAACUCUGCUCAAUGUUGCUGCGCAGGAUCACGUAUCCUUGUCGAGGAGUCAAUCUACGAUGAGUUUGUUAAGGGUUUCAAAGAUUUCACAAACACAUUGAAGAUCGGUGAUCCAUUCGACAAUGAGACAUUCUUCGGUCCAGUUGUCUCACAGGCCCAACAAAGCCGUGUUAAUGGCUUUAUCGAAAGCGGCAAGAAGGAUGCCAAGGUGAUUGAAUGCGGUGGUGAACCAUCCAACCUUGGUGGAUACUUUGUCAAACCAAACAUCUUCCUUGAUGCUCCUGCCGACUGUGAAAUUCAACGUCAAGAGAUUUUCGGUCCAGCAGUGACUAUUUCAAAGUUCUCAAAGAAUGAUGACGUUGUCAAGCUCGCAAACGACACAGACUAUGGUCUCGCAGCAUCAGUAUUCACUGACAACUUCAGCAAAGCUCACAAGACUGCUCACGCUAUAAAAGCAGGUACAGUAUGGAUCAACCAACACAACGUAUUAACCAAGAAUGUUCCAUUCGGUGGUUACAAGCAAUCAGGAUUGGGUCGUGAGAUGGGAUCUGAGGUGUUGAAGAACUAUGUCCAAAGCAAGUCUGUCUUUGCUCAAUUCACGUAA